AUGGGUUUGCAAAUGCUCCAAGUGGCGCCACUGGCACCGCCCACUUCCUCCUCCUCAUCUUCUUCUUCUUCUUGUUGGGUCCAAACUCUCCCACUCUGGUUCGGUCAACACCGCUGCCACCAUUCUCGGCCUCACCUUGCUCUACAGCACCGGCACUCGUAUAAAAGAGCUACACUUUUACUCGUUGCCAAGAAAGAUAGGAAAUUGCAAGCUUCGUCAUCUUCUUCUUCAACUACCCAACAAGACCAGGAUGAUGAUGAAGAGGAAGAGGAAGAAGAAAAUGACGAAGAUGAAUCCGACCCCGACCCUGAAGACCUCGAAUACGUCAGCCAAAUCAAAAGGGUGUUGGAGCUUCUCCGCAAAAACAGAGAUAUGAUUUUCAGUGAGGUUAAGCUCACUGUCAUGAUUGAGGACCUACGGGAAGUUGAGCGCAGGAGACUCCUUGGCAUUGAAGAUCCUGAUGCCUCUACCAGGGAGGAAUUGGCUGAGGUUCUUGAAGAAGUGAAUGAAGGAAAAAUCCCAAGAAAUCGACUUGCUCUUAAACUGCUGGCUGAGGAAAUGAAUCAAUGGCCUAAUCUCGAGGUUCAGAUUAAACCAGCGAAGAAAAAGCCUGGCAAGUCCCUAUAUGCGAGAGUGACAGACACUGGUAUUGAUCUUCAAGAGGCUGCUAAGAGACUGAAUAUUGAUUGGGAUACAGCUGCCGAGAUUGAUGAUGCUGAACUCAGUGAUGAAUCAGAAGUGCCUCCAGUUUUGGGCUAUGGAGCACUGUACAUAGUCACGGCUUUCCCAGUCAUUAUUGGUGUAUCAGUGGCAUCCCAUCCCCUUGGUACCUAG